AAAAAAAAAAACGAGAGCAGCUUUCCCUUUUCUGGUAGUCAUUUUUUAGUUUGGGGCCUGCAGGAGAAUUCUCCUAUAUUUGUCUCGAUAGGAUAUAAACCAAAGGCUGAGAGGGCUUUGCAUAUGAAGGAGCUAUAGGAGAGAGCAAAUAUUUCAUGGAGUAAACCCUCAGGAGGAAGUUCAGUCUGAUUUGGGGGGGUUUAUCCAAGUCUGAGUGCACGCCAUGGACGACUUUGAGCGUCGCAGAGAGCUCAGGAGGCAAAAACGAGAGGAGAUGCGCCUGGAAGCAGAGAGGUUAGCCUACCAAAGAAAUGACGACGACGAGGAAGAGGCUGCCAGAGAACGGCGCAGGCGGGCCCGGCAAGAAAGGCUGCGGCAAAAGGAAGAUGAUGACUUCACAGGGCAGGUGAUAGAGAAGCCUGAAGUCAAUGCCCAAAACAACAUUGCAGAAGAAGAGACCAAAAGUACUAUGACAACAGUUACCACCGUUACAAAUACCCAAGGGGAUGGGGAUGAUGAUUCCGUGUUCUUGGAGAGGCUGGCUAGGAGAGAAGAAAGGCGCCAGAAACGUCUCCAAGAAGCCAUGGAACGCCAGAAGGAGUUUGACCCGACAAUUACUGACGAGAGCCUGUCAUUCACAAGCAAAAAGGAGAUGAACAAUGUGGAAGAAAAUGAGACCCCGGAGAAAGAUGAAAAAGUGGACACCCAUAGGAGACGCUAUGAGGUGGAGGAAACUGAAACCAUCACCAAAUCGUACCAGAGGAACAGCUUGAGACAGGACGAGGAAGACGAGAAGAAAGAUGAGGAGGACAAGGAAGAGCCUCAAGACGAGAAGCCAAAGCAAAGAACCAUAGAGGAUAAUCAGGUAGAAGUAACAUUAGAAAAGGAAACAGUAGACAAUGCAGAAGCAGCUGUGGUGGUAGAAAUAAAACAUUUUGAGGUAAACGCAGGUGAGCGAAAAGUAGAAAAUGGCACCGAUGCCCUAGCAGCUGAGGAGGAAACAGGGAGUGGGGAGGUAAUAAAUAUUACCGUAGCCUUAGAUCAAAAGAGAGAUGAAGAAGAUGAAACGGAGGAAGCGGAAAAGAAAAAAACAGAGGAGAAAGAAAGGCUCGAGAGAGAGGAAAUGGAGAGGGCUAAAGCAGAGGCAGAAAGGAGGGCUGAGGAGGAAAGAGAGAGGCUUGAAGCAGAGAAAAGGGCAGCUGAGGAGAAAGAGAGGUUAGAGGCAGAGGAAAGGGAAAGGAUCAAAGCAGAGGAAGAACGGAAAGCGGAGGAAGAGAGGAAGAGGAUUGAGGCAGAGGAGAGAAGGGCUGCCCAGGAGAAAGAGAGGCGUGAAGCUGAGGAGAGGGAAAGGGCUAAGGCGGCUGAAGAGAAGAAAGCUGCCGAGGAAAAGGCGAAGGAACAGGCAAAGAGGGAGACUGAGGAACGGGAGAGGGCGAAGAAGGCAGCGGAAGACAAGGCUAAGCUAGAAGAGGAAAGGUUGAAGGCAAAGCAAAAGGCUGAGGAGACCAAGGUAGAUCAGGCAAAAGGGAGGAAGGGAGAAGAGAAGAAAAUAGAAGACAAACAGGUAAAAGAGAAGAAAGUGCAAGAGGAAAAAGGCCCGGCAGCUUCCCUGAGCAAACAGGGGGAAGAGAAAGAGGCUAAAGUGGCAGCUAAAAAGGAAAAGCCUCAAGAUGACAAACUCCGGCCGGCCUUCAAAAAAGAGGAGCAGAUAAAAGACAGCAAGCUGAUCAGGGACAAAGCACCCAAGGAAGAUGCUAAGCCUGGCUGGGAUCGCAAGAAGGGAAUUCCAGACUCAAAGCCACAGAAUGGGGAGCGUUUCCAGGAACUCCCUGCCCACAAACUUAAGCAUACGGAGAAUGCUUUUAGCCGCCCAGGCCUCAAAACCACCCCAGAUUCUGAAGAAGCCAAGCCAGUGUCCCACGUGGAGGCUGGCAAGCGGGUGGAGGAGCUGCGCCGUCGCCGAGGUGAAAACGAGAGCGAAGAGUUCGAGAAGAUGAAACAGAAACAACAGGAGGCAGCCGUGGAGCUGGAGGAGCUGAAGAAGAAGCGCGAAGAGCGCCGGAAGAUUCUGGAAGAAGAGGAGCAGAGGAAGAAGAAGGAGGAGGCAGAAAGGAAAACUCGGGAGGAGGAAGAGAAGAGGCGGCUGAAGGAAGAAAUUGAGAGGAGAAGGGCAGAAGCUGCUGAGAAACGCCAGAAGAUGCCCGAGGAAGCCCAGAGUGAAGACAAGAAGCCAUUCAAAUGUUUCACCCCAAAGGGUUCCUCUCUCAAGAUAGAAGAACGUGCAGAGUUCUUGAACAAAUCUGCCCAAAAGAGUGGAAUGAAACCUACCCACACAACUCCAGUCGUCUCCAAGAUAGACAGCAGGUUGGAGCAGUACACUAGUGCAAUUGAGGGCACCAAAGCUGCAAAGGCCGCCAAGCCAGCAGCCUCUGACCUCCCAGUUCCUGCCGAGGGAGUCCGAAACAUAAAAAGCAUGUGGGAAAAAGGCAACGUGUUCUCGUCACCUUCUGGCACAGGGACGCCCAAUAAGGAAACAGCUGGGCUAAAGGUCGGCGUCUCCAGUCGCAUCAACGAAUGGUUGACCAAGACCCCAGAAAACAGCAAAUCGCCUGCUCCAAAACCAUCGGACUUAAAACCUGGAGACGUAUCCGGAAAACGUAACCUCUGGGAGAAGCAGUCAGUUGAAAAAGUCACUUCCCCCACAAAGGCGACAGCGGCCGGCAAAAAGUCAGAGACCAAUGCAGGUUUGAGACAAUUUGAAAAGGAACCCUAAGAAACUCACCAACGAUGCUGGACCAACUCGGUUUUUAAUAACGGAAGUGCUAAAUUUGUUCCUUUCCUUUUAUAUAUAUUUAUGUUUGUUUACCAAAGGGCCUUCGGGGGU